AUGAAUGAGAAGUUUCAGCUGUACUCCUGCAUGGCUCCAGCGAUUUCACACCGCAAAAUGGUUGCUUCUCAUGCUUGGUAUUUGUGCCUUCAUUCAGGCCUCAUUGGUAACAACGUUCUCCAUUACAGUACUCACACCGGUAUUAUCUCAAGUUGGUACGAUUUCGCCGUGCUGCUCGUAGUGUUUGGGCACAAAGGUCGCUGGAUUGGAUGGGGUGGUGUGAUAAUGGCGUUGGGCUCGUUAGUUUGUGCGCUACCUCACUGGCUCAUCAGUCCCUACCAGCCGGAACACUCCACGAAUAAUGCAUCUGAUUUUGGCCAGUGCACUUUGAGGUAUUUUAUAGCUUGA